AUGUCCAUUACACAACGAAGUGAGAGUAUGAAUGCUUUCUUUGAUGGUUAUGUGGGGCCAAAUACCCCUUUGAAGAAAUUUGUUGGGGAUUAUGAUAAUGCUUUGAUGAGAAUGGUUGAGAACGAGCGUCUAGCUGAUUUUGGUUCAUUUAAUAAAAUGUUUCCACUUAUAAGUCUUCAUUCUAUUGAGCGUCAACUUCAAGGUAUUUACACAAAUAAAAAAUUCAAAGAAGUUCAAGAGGAGUUUAGGGGAUUCAUGAUGUGUUUUUCAUCCCUACUAAAAUGCGAAGGUGCAAUUUCUACUUAUGAAGUUAUUGAUCGUGUAAGAGUUAAUGAUGACUUCGUGAAAGAAGUAAAGUAUUGUGUUUACUUUAAUGACGAAGAAUGCGAUGUGAAAUGCACUUGUAGAUUGUUUGAAUUUAGAGGAAUCAUGUGCAGACAUGCCCUUAUUGUUCUCACCUUGAUAAAAAGUGUUGAAGAGUUGUCAUCUAAAUAUAUUCUUGAUCGAUGGGGGAAGGACUUGAAACGAAAGUAUACAUUCGUUAAAAGUAGUUAUGACGAUUUGAGUGGCAUCCCUAAAGCACAAAAGUAUGAUGAUUUGUGCAAUGAUUUUUUUGAAGUAGCAUUCAUCGCAUCGGAAGACACUGAAACAUAUAUGAAGAUGAAGACUUGUGUACGUAAGUUAAAAGAGGAAUUGCUUCACAAUGGGUUAAGGGGUGAAAACAUAUUAAGUAGUGCACCUUCUCUUCAUCUUCCAGGUGCAUAUUCCAUUGGUAGUGAAGCAAUUGAUGGGAGCUUUAAGAAAUGUAAUAAGUUGCGGAGUCCCUUAGUUGCAAAAAGUAAAGGGAGGCUACCAUCAACAAGCAAGCAAUCUGUUGUAGAAAGGGUUGUUAGAAAACCAAAUGGCCAUUUUAGUAGAAUUGAUUUUGAUUUUGUAGUAAUCUGUUGGUAUUGGGGAAGUUGCAGUGGUGGAGAGAUAUAA